GACUCUUCAAGGAAAAUGGGAAACAGGCUGUGCGCUUGUCCAGAAACUGCAAUCACGAGCCGGGAUAUAUCUGACUAUAUGUCAACUUCCGAUAACAUGGAAACUCUAAAAUCGCUGACAGGUCCGAUCGUUUUGGCCCGGACUCGAGCACCAGAUCUUGAAAGCGUCAGAAAACUUAAUUGUUGGGGUUCAGAAAUUGAAGACAUCAGUGUUGUUCGACAGAUGCCCAACUUGGAAGUGUGCAGUGUUAGUGUCAAUGACAUCACAACCUUAGAAGAUUUUGAAUACUGUAUGAAUCUACAAGAACUGUACGUCCGUAAUAACAAAAUUGAAAACUUAAAUGAAAUAUGUCACCUAAAAAAGUGUGAGAAGCUUCGAAUAUUGUGGCUAGCUGACAAUCCGUGUGCAAAUAGGGCUAACUACAGAAGUACAGUUUUAAGAAACCUGCCUUUCCUCCAAAAGUUGGAUAACAUAGUUGUAGAACCUGAAGAACUGGAAAAAGCCAAAGAACUAGGGGAUGAACUCUCACUGCCUGAUGAAGAAUUGCCAGAGUUGCCUCCCCAAGAAGAUCAGAAAGUUACAAAUGGGGAGGGGGACAGUUCAGAAACAGUUACACAAGGCAUGAGUGAUAUAAGAAAGUCAAUAACAAGUGGUUUGCCGACAUUGCCAAAAGAUCCUGUGACCCUUAGCUGGGAAGAAACAAACAAAAUACGAGAGCAGCUGGGAUUGAAACCGCUACCCAUUGAAAAGAUGAGCUCACCAAAAUCAGCACCAACUUCUACCACCAGGGCUCGGAACGCUCAUAUUCUGCAGGCAGUGUUACUCCUGGUAAAGGAAUUGGACAGAGACAGUUUGGAGAUUGUUGACACUGCUGUCAGAAAACGCCUGGAAAUUCUCUAACAUUAUCUCACACAUCCACCAUGCAUCUCAUAAUGCCUAAGGCCAAGCUUUUCAUUGUGUUUGCUUAACAGGAAUCUCAAUUCUAGUGGGUUUUUUACAAAAUGAAAAUUAAAGUAAAAGUUGAUAUUUGAUUUUCCAUGCUUACCUGGUAAUAAAAAGAAGGAUUUGUUUUCUUUUUAUUUUUAGUCCAAUAGUUCAUGUUUAUUUAAACAAAAAUCCCCUAUGACCAAUCUUAAAAAGCAUUGGUCUUGGCUAGUUUUAAGGAAGAAAAUAUAUAAUUUAUUUGUUUUAGGGUAGUUUUCGUGAAGCCUUCAAGGAAAUGUAACGACUUUGUCUUUAUGUUUGUGUAAAUGUUUUAUUUCCUGUGACUUUUUGUAUGUGUAUAUCUCAUUACCGUAAAUAUGCAUGUAUUUACAUUAAGCUACAUACUUUUUGUUGAAGGUCUUCAGCAUUUCUAUGCGCGCUGUUUUCAAAAAUUGUGUGUUCAUGUAUCAUGAAUGCAUUUUUAUUUGCAUUUAAAAAAUAAUUCUUUUGCAAUAUUUGAGCAAUGAACUUGUGCUGUUUGUUCAUAAGUAAUUAUGAUUAUUUAUCAUUUUAUAAAGCAUGUAUUGUACUCCUUUCCUUUAAUCAAACUAUUUAUCGAUUCACAAUUUCAAGGCGUACAAUUUUUGUCACUCUGAAAUGUGCCUAUAUGUAAAUAAAGGUCAUGUGAUGUAAUUCAUUCCAUAAUUAUCUUGUUGCUUAGCAUUGCUUUAGAUGAAUUCACUCUUGUUAUUGCCCCAAUGUUUUAAUUUACUCAUUGUUAUACAGAUAUCAUAAUAUUUGCAACAAUCAAAUCUCAGGCAUAUGUGGCAUAUAUUUGUGAUUGGGAGCAGAAUUCACAAUAAUUUAAGCAGUCUUCUCGUUUAAAGCUUAAAAAUACGGAUAAUAGCUGCAGGUAGAAAUUUAGUUACUCAUUUUUUUAUGCCAAAACCUUUAAAGAUGAUAGCCAUAACAUUGAAACUGCUUCAGUAGAGAUGAGUGCAGUGGAAAACAUGAAUCAGGCGACACAUCUUAACAGGUUGAGUUAUGUUUUAUAUUAACAAAAUAAUAUUCUAGUUUAUAUUUAGGAGAGCAAGGGAGAACUAUUGGAACGAUUUUCAGAUGUUAUCUGAGUAAAUAAAAUAAUUGCAUGUACAUUUUGCAUAGUAUUGGUCGUGUGCUAUUUUCGUUUUCCGUCCAUUGAUGUCUUCUGCAUUUUGUUUGCAAAUUACACUGCAUUUUUAGCAGGAAUUUAAGUGAUUUUUGUCGAGCCAUCUGUGGUAGUAUGUUUCACUAUUUUUAAUGGUGCUGCCAAUAUUGUUUUACCGUUCUCUUCAUAAAUUCAAAAAUAAUAUUGCAUUUACAAAACUAUUACGGCAAAUAGUUACACAUCUUUUUCUUGUAAAUAUCAUUUUUGGUAUUUCCAUAUUGUGUAAAAAGAAAACUGUUUGAUAAAUCGAGUAAUUAAGUUGAGUUGUAUCAGAUUUAAAAUCUCAUGAAUAAUUGAAGUAAAAAUAUACUUGCA